AUGCAGCUCUCCAUUUUUACCGUGAUUCUCCCUUCCCUUGCGGCGUUCGCUAGUGCUGCCCCCUCUGACAAGCGCCAAAUCUCUUCCAUCUCAAUCACAUUCUACACCCCUGAUGGUGAGAAAUGGUCCCAGACGUUCCCAACUAAUAUGGGCUCGGAUGAAGUUGAAAUCAAGAAGACGGUUUCUCAUAUCUACAACCCCGGUGGAGCGAUCUGCGGAUUUGGUGGUGUUCAGGGAGAGAGGGUGGAUGUUCCAAUUGGGGACCAUAAGUUGAAGACUCCUCAGGUCUUGACAACCGGAACAUGUGCCCAUCUCUAG